CCCCUUUGUGGUGGCGUUCCAAGGUGAUUUGUACUUUUUCGAUAAAACUCGAUAAUAUUGCUACAUUUGACUUUUGCUUUUACAUUGGAUGUAUUGCGGUCAAAAUAAAUUCCAACCCUCUAGUAACACUUUGAUUUGCAGAUACUAUUUCUACUGAAUAUAAUUCGCAAUCCCCUGAGAUACGCCAUUAACCUCACUAGUGUCUGUUGGGUGAAACUUCAGUGUUUACACAUACAGUCAACAUGGAAGCGCAUUGCUGUUCGCCGAAACUUUAAUUUCUGGUUGCUAAUCGAAGGCUUCUACUAAUUUACGUCCAUUUUAAGAAUUUUUCUGAGCAAUGUAAUCCAUUUCAGAAAGCUUAGGCGUGAAAUUACUAGAAUCCUCGUCGCUGUUCAUUCGAUUCAUUCAUUUUUUGAAAGAUAUAAGUCGUUUGAUUAGUCUAUAUCUUCAAGCUUCGUUAGCUAACUUUUUAAAUUGUAUAAGAUCGCAUUGUUUGUAUGAGAGAAACUCUGACCGUUUACGAGCCUCCGAAUUCACUGGGGAACUCAUGUGACAUCAAACGAGGAGUAAAUGAUAUCUGUUUCUUCCGGGUACAGAGAGCUCAGUAGUCUAUGUGGAACAUGUCCAAGUGGUAAUAUGUACAACGAUGUUUGCGCAACUCCAGGCUAACAAUGAGAUGCACAAGAGUGUCAACAAUUGAUUUUUGAUUACAAUAACUUUACCCGAAUCGUAUCGGAAUUUUAUACUAACUAUAAGUUCAUGUUAAGUAAUCGAAUUGUGCGAACACAUACCUAACGCUCACCAUGUCUCUUCGUUUAGGAUUCCUACUACUCCGACAAACCCCUUGCGUAGUAAUUGCUUGUUUCGUCAUUAGUAAUCAGUUGUAAAGCUAUUGUUUGUUCUAGAUUACAACUGAAUAUAACUUCUGACUAAGAGUUCAUCGGAUAUGGAAAAAAACUUUAACUCGUCAACUUAUUACUUGGCUGCACGUUAGUUCCGUUUUCAUAAUAUCUGAGACUUAAAUCUGCCUAGGUCUUAGGAGCUGUUAGCACAACUUGUCUACAGCGUGUUCCGUGAGUAUCAUUAUUUUGGGGAAUCCUAAUUGGCCCAUUCUCAGCCAAUCAGCGCUAACAGAUAACUGGAGAACACCCCGGCAUCUUGUAUAAAAUUCUAAAUACACUAACAUUUUUAUUACUGUAUCACUCAACUUGGUUUAUUUGGAUUUCAUUGGCGUAUAUGUCCAAGUCGUGUCAUGAUUUUCAGGACCAGUCAAGUGAGAUCAUGUUCAAAUUCUGUUGCGCAAUAAGGGUAUCUGGGUCAUAAUGGAAGUUCUAACAGGAACCCAAGUAGGCAAUUCAAGAUAUAACUUACUGUGCAUCGAUGCGAAUGUUUUUUUGCUACCAUUGAAGUUAUUGCUUCUAUGGUUUUGUGUUCACCAUGUUGUGCUAAUAAAAUAUGGCAACUUAAACCGAUGCAUAUAUGUGCCUGGUCAUACGUCGUAGCUGACUGGUUGAGUUUUUCCCCUGAGUUCAUAGUCAUAAAAUAUUUCGAUACAGUAGAGUCACGAGUUACAACGCAAUGUUUAUCCAGCAUUCCCUGUUUCAUUUUCGUCUUAUUUCUCUUAUUUAUAUAUUGGGUAAUUUUUAGCCUAAGUGUUCAAACUAGAAAUGCGAAGAAUGGCUUGAUAAGAAAUGAAUUGAAAUAAGCGUUUAAUUAAAAGCACUAGGGUAAUCUUCGUUUGCAUUGAAUGAAAUUCUUAAUUUUCCCUGAAAGCUAACUUCCUCUAUUCCAAUCUAUAAGAUAACAAGUCAGCAUUUCAUUUCUUUUAUUGCGGUUUAGUAGUAGAUCAGCUUGGUUAACACUGAUACUACAGGUUCUGUCUGUGGUUGUAAGUACUGAUCUUGUAAAUGAGUUCCAUUCUUUCUUGUUUAAAGAUAACGAAACAUUGAUUAAUCCAAUAGAAAUUUUGUUUCUUUUGUGCACAUUAUUUCUUUAUUCAUAGAACUUCACAUGCUUACUCUCAUGGAGGUCAAACAAGCUAAUAAAUUCGUCGUACAAACUUCGGUUGCCUUCUUAUCUUCGUACUCAGGAGAAUUCCGGUAAAGCAUCGCGUCCUGGAGAAAGCAAGAAUGAUCAAACAUCUAAUAUUCGUAUUACUGUUUUAAGUAUUUAUGAAGAUAAUAUUUAUUUUAGCAAAGUUUGAAUUGCGGUUUUCAUUUUCUCGAAAUAAAAUGCCUGACCCUCCUGGUGGAUGGUCUUUUGCUUCUUGGGUUAUACUUGGUGCUGUUGGUUUAACAUGGGUUGUCUACCACAAUUUUUCAAUGUACAGAAAGGUCGAUUGGAAAGAGUUUACAGAUAACUUCCUACAAAAGGGUGCUGUCCAUCACUUAGAGGUUGUGAACAAAUCUUGGGUUAGAGUCCAUCUCCAACCAGGCGCAGAUUUCGAGUCGUAUGAAUCCAUUGAUCCCAGCAAGAAAAUUUAUUGGUUUGAAAUCGGUUCAGUUGACACUUUUGAACGAAGUCUACGUGAUAUGGAGGCUCAUAUGGGUAUAGAUCCUAUGCAUAGAACGUUUAUAACCUAUAGCAGUCGUCUAAAGCUAUCAGAUGUUUUAUAUGGCAUUUUCUAUAUUUCUUUGUUCUUAAUGGCUGUGUAUUCCUUACGGCCUGCAUCUGGUGGUGUUGUACGGAAGUCAGGACUGGGUUCAGGAUUAUUCAAUUUCGGACAGUCACCUGUGCGUUUAAUAGAAAAAGAUAAGAUUGGUGUACGUUUUAGCGAUGUAGCAGGUUGUGAAGAAGCAAAACUUGAAAUAAUUGAAUUUGUUAACUUCCUAAAAAAUCCAGCAAAAUACGAAGCGCUAGGAGCAAAGAUUCCUCGUGGUGCCAUCCUGAAAGGUCCUCCUGGUACUGGCAAAACACUUUUGGCUAAAGCGACUGCUGGAGAAGCGAAUGUUCCAUUCCUUUCCGUUUCUGGGAGUGAAUUUUUAGAGAUGUUCGUUGGUGUAGGACCGAAAAGGGUACGCGAUAUGUUUGCCUCUGCACGAGACAAAGCUCCCUGUAUAUUGUUUAUUGACGAAAUUGACGCUAUUGGUGGCAAGCGAUCUGGUACAUCUUUUGGUCAUCAGGAACGGGAAAAUACUCUCAAUCAACUACUUGUGGAAAUGGACGGGUUUACUACUCAAGAAAAUGUUGUCGUUCUGGCUGCUACCAAUCGUAUUGAUAUUCUAGAUCCAGCUCUUCUUAGGCCUGGACGUUUUGAUCGUCAAAUCUAUGUAUCAUUGCCAGAUAUCAAAGGUCGUGCAUCAAUAUUUAAGAUACAUUUGAAACCAAUUAAAUUAGCUGAUGAUAUGCAACUUGUAGCUCGCAAAAUGGCUACACGUACUCCGGGAUUUUCUGGUGCGGAUAUUGCAAGUGUAUGUAAUGAGGCAGCGUUAAUUGCUGCGCGAGAAGAUGCUCAUAGUGUCAAUCUGAUCCAUUUUGAUAAAGCUAUCGACCGUGUAAUUGCUGGGUUAGAAAAGAAAAGUCAAGUAUUACAACCCGAAGAGAAAAAAAUAGUUGCAUACCAUGAAGCUGGACAUGCAGUUGUUGGUUGGUUUUUAGAACACUGUAAUCCGUUGUUGAAAGUUUCAAUAAUUCCUCGUGGUAAAGCUCUUGGUUAUGCUCAGUAUCAACCUAGGGAUAUAUAUUUGUUGACUAAAGAUCAAAUGUUGGAUGAAAUGUGUUUGGCAUUAGGAGGUCGAGCAAGUGAAGAAGUGUUUUUCGGUAAAGUUGGAAGUGGAGCAGUGGACGAUUUACAGCGUGUAACUCGAUCAGCUUAUUCUCAAAUUGUCCAAUUAGGAUUCAGUUCAAAAGUUGGGUUGCUAAGUUUCGAUUUGCCUGAGCAAGGUGAUAUGGUUCUUACCAAGCCAUAUUCUGAGCAUACUGCACAAAUAAUAGACGAAGAAGUUAGACAACUUGUUGAGUCAGCCUACGAAAGAACACUAACGAUAUUAAGAGAAAAAAGACAGCUUGUCGAAAAGGUAGCUCUACGCUUACUAGACAAAGAGCAGUUGCAAAAAGAAGACCUGGUUGAAGUAUUAGGUCCAAGACCGUUUGUGGAGAAAAACACAUAUGAAGAACUCGUAGGUCCUGGCCCUUUGGAUGAAGAUGUUUCACUCCCUCCUGGACUCAAGGACUGGAAUAAAGAACCAGAGUCGAAAUCAGAGGCCUCGUAAAGUUGCAUGUAGUUUAAUUUGUAUACUUAUUCCUCUAACAUAACUUUUACAUCUGACGUUGAAAAGAAAAUUUGCAGUAUGCUUGUAAAAUAAACUCUAAGUUUCUUCU